AUGGCCAGCAGCGUCGACCUCUUCAACCACUAUCCCCUGCACCUAGUCCCUUCCUCGAAGGCGAUCUCCCUCGGCGCAUCCUCGUCAUCCUCCUACUCCGCCCAACAAACCACCACCCUCAACGAAGAACUCCAAGAGCUGAACGCCCUGCACCGCGCCCUCCUCAGCGUCGACCCUCCCAACAUCCCCCCUCCCCCGCUCCCCAUCAACCCCAAGCGCAGCGCCCAGAUCACCAAACUCCGCGACUCCGCCAACACCGCCUACCGCAAGAACAACCACGACGAGGCCGCCCGUCUGUACACCUACGCCAUCGACAUGGCGCUGGCCCGACCCGGCUGGGAGCCUGUGGCGCUGACCCGCGACGAGCUGGCCGGGUUGUAUUCGAACCGUGCGCAGACGCACAUGGCGCAGCAGAAUUGGCCCGAGGGGAUGCUGGAUGCGAAGACUGCUGUUGAGAGUAAGCCGAUGGGGAAUGUCAAGGCGUGGUGGCGCGCCGCGAAGUGUUUGGCGGAGAUGACGAGGUGGGAGGAGGCGAAGACGGUUAUCGAGAAGGGGUUGGAUAUUGAGGCCCGCGAGACGGAGGGCGGGAAGGAGUUGUUGGCGCUGUUGGAGGAGGUUGAGCAGGGCUUGAAGAGACAGGCUGCUUCGUCGUCUUGA